GGGAAAUCCCGCGAUACUUCACUGCUCGCUCUCCGUCUGCCCCGCACUCGGCCAUCUCCGGAGAGUUCGGCUGAGAGCGGCGUCUGACGGAGAGGCGCCAUCAUGGCAGACGCCGUCGAUAUAAGCGAGGACACGAUCCAGAUUAUCGCCGUGAAGAGAGAAACCGGUCUGGGCCUGAGCCUCAUGAAAGGCGUUAGCACAACCGAAGGACCCUUAAUCCAGAUUAAGCAUCUUAUUCCUGGCGGAGACUGUCACAAGGAUGGACGAUUAAGACCCGGAGACCAGCUCCUCUCUGUGAAUAAGGAACCGCUGGUUGGCGUCUCGUGCCAGGAGGCCAAAAGCAUAUUAAAUAGAGUAAAAUUAAGGAAAGGCUCCUUUUGGGAUAUCUCCUUUAUCAGACCCGAAGGAGAACACCAUGACGCUGUAUUAUCUGCAGCAAAGACGUCUUCUACACCAGACGCCACUAGCUGUGACCUACCUAGCCACAGUGGAUGUAUAACGGAGCGGCGUACAGAUGGGAGUAGGUCGGACGCGUGUGUGUCAGUUCCUCUUCACGGACGCAACCAGCAAAGGCCGAUUUCUCUCACUUCUGGGGUCCGACUCAAAGUAGAAAAACUAGAGAUGGCUCUCGGGUAUCUUGGUAUUACCCUGACCGAGGAACAGAAGCAGCUGAUGAGAAGCCACAUGGACCUGGAUGCCCACCAGACAGUGUGUUUUGGAGACUUUGUUCAAGCGGCCAAAGAGAUGUUGAAGCUGCAGUUAGAAGAUUCCGAUUUUGGACCGUACAUAAUGACGGAUGACCCUGAUGACACACGCUCUGUAGAUGACGUCACAAGUCAGGCCCGUUCAAUUAUUCUGUCUGAUGCAGAUGACCUAAAUCACCCGAGGAGAGACAAGGAUGAACUAUAUGACCAGAUUCGAAUUCUGCAGGAGCAGCUCUUAGAAUCUGAAAGGCGCAACGGUCAGCUUUCUGCCGAGCUUUGUAAUGUGCAAAAGGAAGCCAAGGCGGCCAUUGAUGAGACCAGAGCGCUUCGGAACAGAAUUCACCUAGCAGAAGUGGCGCAGAAACAAGCACGCGGCAUGGAGGUGGACUAUGAAGAAGUUAUCCAUCUUCUGGAAGCUGAAGUCAUGGAGCUCAAAGCCCAACUCUCCGAUCAUUCUGGUCCGGCUCAUGACUGCAUUCAGGAUUUGAAACGCAGGAUCACAGUCCUUGAUUGUCAGCUCCGCAAGUCGGAAACCGCACGAAAGGCGUUUGAAAUGUCUACAUUGAAGCUGCUGCAGUUUGUGGAGAAUACGCAGGAGGCGCUGGUAGACAAUUCAGGCUCCACAUUAAGUCUUUGUGAUCAUGCGCCAAUGUUGGCUUCUCAAGUAAAAACUCUGGGGAAGAAUAGACUGGGCGUCAUGGCGGCUUUAGCAGCAGAAGCCAAGGAGCUGUCAGUAUUUGUCCGGUCACUAAUAGAAGCGGAUUGUCUUCCUUAUGGAUGGGAAGAAGCUUACACAGCCGAUGGUAUCAAGUACUUUAUUAAUCACGUUACAGAAGCCACAUCAUGGACUCACCCCGUCAUCAGCGCAUUGAACCAGAGCAGCCUGGAGGAUGAAGCUGAGGAUAGCCCUAGGGAUUUCUUGGAGCUGGCUAGCUGUUGAAGUGUCCCCUUCUGAUCUUUACCACAGGGUCACUUCAGGCAUUUGUCUAUUGGGGUCAGUUGUACAAUUGUAUAUAUUAUUGACCUCUUAAGAUUUUCUACUCCUAAAUUUAUAUGAGAAUGUAGCCAUAGUGCAGUAUUAGAGGACGGAAGCCAUGUUCUUGCCCCUCUGCCUGCCUGAUGUUGUAGUAUAUUAAGUUAUAAUUAGAAGUGUGCUAAAUGUCUAUGAAUCUGGACUAUUCGUAUGAAUUGCUGCCUUCAUGUAGGCUGUAGAUAUGCUGAGAAUGUCACCAAUACUUUAUAAACUGUCUUAUAAAUCAUUGAUUAUCCUG